AAACAACUGUCAAACGACGACUUGACAGCCAACGUCGCCAACACGGGUCACCGAUUGGAUUUGGAUAAGAUUUGGAUUGACGAAAAAGGAUCGCACAUAGGACCGUCUGACAUUUCCAAUUUUAAAAUUUUAUGCAAAUUUAUUUUUUACGUGGAAGGAUGUAAAGACACGUGCACGUAAACUAUGAUAACGUACAAAUAUUAAUUAGCCGCUGUUAUUACGCGGCUAAGUGUUUAAACAAACAUAACAAAGAUGAAAAAGUCAAAUCCAGACACUCAAAUCAAUUUUCAAAAUGUGGGUAAACAAGCCGUUGGCAUGGGUCAAUGGAACAAGGAUACUGCAAUACUGAUCACUGAUCAAAAUCAAGUUAUAUCUCAUAGAAAAAUAAUAAGGUUGCAGUAAAACAGUGGAUUCGACAUGUCAUAAGAACUGUCAGUGUUUUGUGUCAAUAGGAGAACAGGAAAAAGCAUAUCAAAGUAUUCUUAAAAAAUAUUAGUUGGUAUCAGAAUGAGUUGUUGUGUACAUUUGAAUGAAAGAUGGAAUCGCCUGUCUCGUCUACAAAGGUCUCUUGUAUAUGCUGUACUAAUUGUAACAGCGAUCAUUUUAGGAUUUUUAUACUAUUCAAGAUUAUAUGAUGUUUCUAAUGUAAAUAAAGACGUAGCAGCGGAGGAAAUUUCUAAGAAUUUCACCCUAGUCAUUGAGGGGGUAGCGGAGGCAGCGCACACGCAGAAGACUGUAUCAGAGAGUGAAACAUUUGAAAGACCAAUCUUUACAGGGCCGUCAAACGCAAGACAGUACGCGGUGGUACAAAGUUUCAAACACGCGUGGAAGGGAUACAAAGAACACGCGUGGGGUCAUGACAAUGUGAAGCCAGUCUCCGGAAUGGCUUACGAUUGGUUCUCUUUAGGACUGACUAUAGUGGAUGGGCUGGAUACAGCUUUCAUUAUGGGGCUGAACAAAGAAUAUGAAGAGGGAAAAGAAUGGAUUAGAAAUGAAUUAGUGUUUACCAAAAAUAAGGACGUGAAUUUCUUCGAAGUCACCAUUAGAGUAUUGGGGGCCUUAUUAACUAACUACCAUUUUUCCCAGGAUGACAUGUUUCUUAAAAAAGCGCUAGAUUUGGGUGAUCGGCUGAUGUCAGCGUUUCAAUCACCAUCGGGGAUUCCGCAUUCCGACGUGAAUCUGGGCGCGCGUACUGCGCACGCGCCAGAAUGGUCACAUUACAGCACUACUGCAGAGGUCUCCACCGUCCAACUGGAAUUCCGGGAACUGUCCCGAGCGUCGAAAAAUCCUAGAUUUGAGCAAGCGGCUGCAGCGGUAUCACAGAAGAUCCACGCUUUGCCAAAGAAACAUGGUUUGGUGCCAAUAUUCCUGAACCCGAACACAGGGCAGUUCCUGCGGCAUGCCACCAUAACCUUGGGUGCCCGUGGCGACAGCUACUACGAAUACUUACUCAAACAAUGGCUGCAGACCGGGAAGACCAUAAACUAUUUGCGGGACGACUAUCUGAGCGCAAUGGAGGGAGUCAGAGACUUAUUAGCUAAGAGAUCGAUGCCCAAUAAGCUACUUUUUAUUGGAGAAUUAUCGGGUGGCUCGGAAGCUUUCGAUCCCAAGAUGGACCACUUGACGUGCUUCCUACCUGGUACUCUUGCGCUGGGCCACGCUAAUGGUCUCCCGGAUUGGCAUAUGACCAUGGCCGAAGAACUUCUCUACACCUGCUACCUCACAUACGCCGCGCAUCCGACUUUCCUAGCGCCUGAAAUCACGCAUUUCAAUAUGGCUAGCCUCACUUCAGAUAUGUAUACGAAGACUGCAGACGCGCACUCCCUUCUACGGCCAGAGUUUGUGGAGAGCUUGUGGUAUAUGUACCAGAUAACUGGGAACACCACCUAUCAGGAUUGGGGGUGGCAGAUAUAUCAGUCUUUCGAGAAAUAUGCGAGGGUGCAACACGGUUACAGUUCUCUUACGAACGUGAAGAACGAGAAUCCUGUACACCGCGACCUGAUGGAGACGUUCUUCUUGUCAGAGACGCUCAAGUACAUGUACUUACUAUUUAGCGACGAUAGAUACGUCCUAGACUUAACCAAGUUCGUACUCAAUUCUGAGGCGCACCCCCUACCUAUACACGCGCAUUAGGAAAUUUAGUUUAUAUUAUAGGAAUCAUGUAAUUGAAAUGAUAGGCGAGUACCCUAGACUGCGCCUGACCUGAAAGAGUACAUUAGCUGUUAUGAAAGUUUUUGGAGUGAUUGCAUCCAACUGAAAGUCGCUAUCGCGACAUUUGGUUUGUAACAAAUUUAACCAUUACCAUGCAGCCUACGAAUAGAUGAUAAAUACUAGCAAAUAUUUAUCACACCAUAUAUUUUCGCUCAUUUUUAUCUAUCAAAAUGAAGCGAAUACCCAUGCACCAGAUCUGAUUAUUCUUUCAAGAACUAAGUUUUUGAUCUCUAGAGAAAAUAUACAACUUUCUUCGAAUAAUAUUUAUUACAAAUUAUACUUAUUUAUUGUAUAGGAAGAUUGGCGGAUAAAUAAUUUUGAUAUUAUUAGUCUUAAGUAUAGUUUAUUAUCUUCUAAUGGGAUAGAUUACAUGAAUAUUCGCUACAAUUUGAUGAAUAAUUAAAAAGCGAAUUACGCAUCGUUAAAUGUGGUGUAUUCUUUGGACAUACAUCUUAUAUCGCGAUCUUCUCAUGUUAUUUGCGUUGCCAGUCUUCUCGGGCGAAGGCUGUCAAUGUCCCAAAAAGCACGAAGCUAAACAUCUCACGAUAUAUUUGUCUCCUACUGAAUACACACCUUAAAUUCAUAAUAGGGUAGAUGAAAAAUAUCACGUUUUUCACUAUAAUGAUAGAGGAGGCGUAUGGAGUUCAUGAUGUCUUACUAGAUAAACAUCGCAAGCUUGUUGGUUAAAACCCGCUGUAUUUACAGCGUCCCACGCGAUAGUGUAAACCUUGCAGCGCGGGUGCAUAUUUUCAGUAAUGUAAUGCAAUCACAUCACAAUUUUAAUAUAAAAAUGUUUUAUCGCUCUUUUUUUAAAUCAUGUAUUGUAUAUUUUAUAUCCUGCUUGUUCAUAGCACAAAACUUGUACCUAAAUUUGCAUUUUACAAAUAUUUAGUGGGGGGGUUAAAAUGGCCACAUCGAAGCAAUUCAUCUAAGAAAGCAAUAUUGCUAUUUGACAUUUGCUUGCAUUGCGCACUUGUUUUUAUGCGCAAAUGUCAAUUUGCAAUAUUGCUUUCUUAGACGAUUUUUUUCGAUGUGGCCAUUUUAACCCCCAUGUUCAUCUUUUCACUCUGAAUUAAGUCUAAUAAUUAUACACGGUAUUGCAAGUCUUAUUAACAGAUACAUUAUUAACAAGUGUAUAUUAUACGUGCUGUAGAAUAAUAGUACAUUGUUCACUGAGGAAAGAAGGCGACCGAUUGCCGACGAGAUUAGCGGGAGAUACAUAGAGCUUAUACUACAUUUACAAGGAAAAUAACUAAUAUUCUUGUAUGCCUAAUUGAAAAUAGAGAGAACGCGCAUGCGUUGUAAUUUUUUUAAAUUUCAUGUUCUGAUCUUUUUUAGUUUUAAUUACGCUCAGAUAUGCCACGACACCCCUACCACUAGUAUUAUUAGCAUAGUAAAAAAAUACUGAAGUAAAAAAAAAUAAUAAUGUAAUGGAAUUUCUUACGCUUUUUCUACCCGCUAAUUUGUAUGACAGUGCCUAAUGCCGUAAGUUCUGCCCGUUUUCAAAAAAGGAAAACUUAUUUUCCGAGUACAUGUAGUAUUUAAACUAUAGCACAUACACUUAAAGGCAGCGCGGGGAAGUUUCAACGCGGAUCCACGUUACAACCACGUUCUGUCAUAAGUUUUGUACAAUAUUCUUCCACAGCGUAUUGUUUCUGGAAUAUUUUUGUCUUUGAAAUCAUAAUACAAACAUUUAUUCUUACGUACUAAUUUGAUGUAUUUCUCAUGUGCGGAACUUCGCUGUCACCGCGCUGGCCUGCGCUGCUAUUACUUUUGGUGCAAUAAAAAAGAUAUUCGUACUCUGUCACCGAACGAUUCGUUGUCUCUUUGUUGUUAAUCUUGUUAUUGUCAUCUUAUGUAAUUGGCAAAGCACGGCUAUUUUUUAUCCUGUUUAUUAUACUUAUAUAUUUUUUACUACAGUAUGCUUUACAGAUUAUCCUCUCGAAUAAGUAUGUACUCGUCCUAUUAUGGGUUCUGUGAUUGACUUUUUAUGGUUCUAUUAAAUUAAUUGGGAGGUACUUUGAAUCUUACCUAAUGUAUUAUUUAUAGAGUAAUGUUUUUAAGGUUACGUUUAAAAGCAAUGAACUUUGUUUUAUUUUUAUAUAAUCAUAGUUUCUUGAGGAUGCUUCUUACCUUUUUCCAAUGUGGUACAGCUUAUUUAUAGUCAUCAACAAUCGUUAACAUUGAAAAAUCUGUCUGCUACAGAGUAAAUAAAUAAAAAAUAUAUACCGUGCGUCCCGGCUGGAUUGGGAGGUUUAAUAGACAGGUGUCGGUAGUGGUGGCUCUCAGUUAAAAGUACUACUCAGCUCUGGUAUCAGCUCCGAUCUCGGCUCAAUGUCACGCUACCAAGCUACCAUUACAGUAGCGAGGCGGCUUCCAAUAUCGAACAUCAAGUCAAAAACAAUUUCCGACUGUAGAAAAGUACCAACAAUAACCGGUGUAACAACAGCCAAGUAUUUAAACAUUUUGCACGUGCGGGGUCCCCUGAACAACCUGAGGUACCGAAGAACCGAUACCCUGUGGUCUUCCGUGCGCCACAGAAGUAUUACGAAAAUAUUUUCAUUUAAGGGUCAAGUCAAUCCGUUUACACUCCUCAGUACAUUCCUAUGCCUUAACAAAAUGGAAAGAAUAUUGUCUUAUGUAUACGUUGUAGAAAAUAGACCUAAAGAACAACAGGAGAUCGCCAUUUCCAAAAUAGAACAGAAGGACACUAAACCCGAAGACUUAUUCUUUACAAAAACAAGGAAGACUCUCAAUCUGUAAUUAACAACAUCGUCAAUGAUUAUAAUAGAAAAUAAAGUUUCGUGAGCGGUGUUGGUACUGGGCAUUUCGGCAGUGGAUCCGCUUCCGGUCAAUUUGGCUCUGGGUCAGAUCAGUACGCACAGCUUGACUCUGGGAACUACGCGCAGGGUGGCUCUGGACAGUAUGUACACAAUGAUGCUGGAAACUACGCACAAGCCUCGUAUGUAGGCCAGUACUUUCAAUCAGACGAUGAAGCUUCUGGUUCGGGAUCAUCCUCCUUCGGACCCGGCAGUCAGACACAUGGUUUGGGAUCUUAGUCAUUAGGAAAAUCUACCGCGCAAACCGUGAGCCUGGCCUCAACCGAUGCUAGCCCGUCGACGGGCGCGUUCGACAGCUCUGCCUCCGCCGGGUACACCGGUGGUGCCGUCAGCAGCACAGCUUCCGGCCUCAACUACGACAGCCUCAUCACAAUAUCCAUCACUCAAAAUGUUCCCCACGAAACGAAUGGAUCUCUACAUUAAAUAAUAAUGAUCAUACAAAAUUUUAUAUUUCCGCAUUUCGUGAUGUUAUGCUAUACUUACAAGUACCAGUAGUAUCCUUUUGAAUUUAUGAAAUAUUACGUAGGUAUUUUACCUAUUAAGUAGGUAAAACUUCUAUAUAAUAUUAUUUAGGUAUACUUGCUAAGUAUAAACUAUACGUUUCUGUCUACAUAGCUUACCUUUGAAAUUGACUACACACAUAAAUAAAUCGUAAAUACAAACUGAAGCGAUAUAAACUAAAAUUGAAUUCGAUUUGUUGUGUUUUAAAAAUGCGUAGACUUAGAUUUUUUGUUGGAUUUUUUAUUUUAUUGGAAGUACCGGAAGUAAUUUCCAAUGAUAAUAUAGUAAAUUUCUUUUGUAAUAACUGCAAGCCUACGUCUGGAAACUGCUGCGUCGGAACGCUUCUGGUGCCAAUGGUGGCAUUAACCACUUCCCACUGUGCUCGAGACUGUGUUUACGUGUACUCGAAGUAUACUUCUAAAGUGUUAAUAAAGAAUACGUACGUAUAUCCAUAUGUAAAGAAACAUUUAAAAGGCGACCUUGGGGAUAUGACUCUACGUAAUGAUAUCGCACUCAUACAACUCAAACGCAAUGUAAAAACCAUGACAAAAUAUCCUAAAUUAAGUGCCCUUGCAUUAGACUCUGUAUUGGGAUUAAAAGCUUCAGUGCCCACUGUAAACAGUCACAAAGUUAAAUUAAAAAAUGUAAUCUUAACACAAUGCAAUAAAGAUAUAAUGCAAAAAUCUAAAAGAUAUUAUAUAUGCGCCAGUAAUUAUUAUCACAGAAGAUUUAAUGAAAAAUCGUGUAAGAAACAACAAGAGGGAUCACCUUUGCUAGUGGACGGAAAAAUAUUGGGAGUAAGUAGUGGCCACAGCUAUAUAACUUGCAAACAUAACCAGCAGCUGUUCAUAACUAUAGAGCCUGCGCUGGCUUGGAUUAGUACAACUGUAAAGAAUAUAAUGUACCCCCAUUUCCGACGAGGCAACAUGGUAGUUAAUGAAACACACGCGACGACAAAUAUAUUAAGAGAUACGACCAACAGAACCAAUUACCCUCUUUUUAUAGUACAUGAGAUACAUUCUACGGGACGCAGCAGAUAUACUUUCAAAUGGACAAAACCAUUUAUGGCGAGAAUGAAUCCAAGUUUAACUAAUGGAACUCCUCGAAAUAUAAGUACGAAUACUACCUCCGUCACUACCACUACAACUCGUCCAGCCGUCAGUCCCAACACCACAGCUCUCAUUACAACCACAACUGCCAUACCAACUACUCUUGUAACUACCCACGCGACGUCAGCAACCCCUGCUUCUACCACCAGUGUCACUCCAUUCACCACAACCACUCCGGCCACCACGACCACACUAACCACCACAACCACUCCGACAACGACAACUACGACAACGACAACCACAACAACUACACCCACGACAACAACUACCACAACCACGACGACCACACCAACCACCACAACAACCACCACCACUACCCUGACAACUACUACUACCCCGACAACCACCACUGAUAACACACUAAAAACGGUAGAUCCUCUGAGAAUAGAUUUACAUCUUCGAGGUCCGUCUGUAGACCCACGAGAUCAAACUGUAGACCCACAAGAUCCAACUUUAGACCCAAGUGUAAAAGCUCGUGAUCCAGACGCUUAUGAGCUGGCAACAAAUGCCAUGGAUUGGUUUAUAAAGAACGUACGGAACCGCGUGAAAAACGAAGCUCCGAAAAUCUUGAUUCUAACCACUAACGCCGUGGAGAAAACUCAGAAAUCAAACUUUGUGGAUCUAACAUAACUUAUUUGUGAAUAUAACAAAAUAAAUAAUAUUUAUUAUUAUAUAAUUAUUUCUACCUUAACGAUUAUAUUUUUAAUUGCAAUUACUUCCUUGACCUGCAGGGGUUCCACGCCGAGGGGCGCGAAUUACCUAUAACGAUUGCUUCGACCAAUAACAGUGGGUUGUUUGCCCUCGUAGAUCAGCGACGCUAUAGUGACAUUUAUACAUUGAUGUUGUAGAUAGUAUAUCCUACGUCUAUUGAUCAAAUACUAAUAUAAUUCGCUGGAAGUUGUGCCUACCCCUUCGGAGAUAUAGGCGUGAUGCUAUGUUGUUGUAAAUUGAGGAUUUGAUAAAAAUAUAUGGGUAAUGCGAGCGUUUACAAUAUUAACCCUUAAUAAAAAAAUGUGCUGGAGUACAAACAUGUCCUAUACGCAUCUUGCACAAAGCAGUGGCCAUUUUGUUGAACGACAUUCUGCCAAACCACGGCUUGCAGGACUUGCACUGACUUGCAGGAAUCCUGCAGAUACUGUCCAGCCAUCGCUAGAGCUAUCCUAAGCUUUUUAUAACUAACACUAAUGAUUUCUAAAAAAGUUAGUCUUUACAUCAUCUCCUGCAAGCUUGCCUAGCCGGCCUUUUAAUUUGCGUGGAAUUCUGCAUGACCAGGAAUCCAAACGGUAACGACUAUAAACCGUGGUAUCACAAUGGUUAGGUAGUGAUCCUCAAUAGAUACUUUGUAAAUAUUUAGAUUUUAUUUUAUCAUAAAUGACUAAAUUAUGCACUUGAUCCUGCAUUAAUUAUUUAAAUAAUUCAAAGAACAUUUUGUUAUUUUCUUAUUUUAUUUAUGUGUGUUAUUUUAUUACAGAAUCUUAUAUUAAUAUGUUAAUACAAUUAAUAUACUUAAUAAGAUUGUGAGUAAUUAAUAUUUAACAUAAUAAUUGUUGUGAACUGGAAUUAAUAAUAAUGAAUUAAAUCAUGGCAAAUUGCCAUUGGCAAGGACUAUCUUGUGUAUACAUAUAUAUUCUAUUAAUCACUUGUUUGCGAAAGUACACUUGACAAAAUGUGUUGUUUUAUGAAGGUAUAAAUUAUAAUUUUAGCACCUUUCUGCGCAAAUAUAUUGCCUUUAAUGGUGUAAAACAGAUCCUCUCAAAAUUUAGUACUGAUUGAUAGUUAGUUACCAAUGAUUAGCUAAUGUUAUCAACAUUUUUUAUAAGUUACGAAUGUACCUACGUAUUUCCGAUGUUAACUUACAGAUAAAAUCGCCACUGCUAAAAUUGUGUCCUUAAAUAUCAAAAAUAGUUGUAUUUAUAGGAAUACCAAGGCAGAAAGUUUAAUUGAAAUUCUAAACAUAUAUCUGUUACUUGUAAUUGCAUUUAUUCACAUCAAAACAACAGUAUUAAUAUGUAACAAAGCUAAACAGUUAUGUAAUGAUGAUCUUUUAAAUUGUCUAUCAUCAAAGUGACAUGAGACCACUGCUGGUAGGUAUCUGUUUAUAUGAAUAGUGAUAUUAAAAGCUACCUACCAUACAAAAAUAUACUAUGAUCAUAAUUCAAAAUCUAACAUAUAUGUAAGAAAAUAUUUCAAAUAUGUGUCUGCUUUUAGCAUUUUCUGUAACUCGAAUAUUCUAAUUUCAGUAAAUUGUAUUUUUAUUUUCAAUUUUUGUGAUAAUUAUUUUUUUAUUACUCAUUUGAUGACAUGAAUACAAACUUAUUAAACUAAA